AUGGGUUUCAUGGAGUUCUACCUGGAGAUCGACCCCGUCACCCUGAACCUCAUCAUUCUGGUGGCCAGCUACGUCAUCCUCCUGCUGGUCUUCCUCAUCUCCUGCAUCCUGUACGACUGCCGGGGCAAGGACCCCUCCAAGGAGUACGCGCCCGAUGACACGCCGGCACCCUCCGGCCAGUCGCCCAUUCGACUGGUGGUGAUGCAGAACUCGCCAACCUCCACCCGAUACGAGCCCACCGAGAUGGUGCCCGGGCACGCCGAACACCCCACGCCGGACCUCCACCGGGAGCGGGAGAGGGAAGAGCGGAUGAUGCUGAGUGGUGUAACCAUGGCGCUGGACGGGGCCGGGGGGAUGCAGCUGUGA